AUGUCUUACCAGACCCAAAUACUUCUCGUGCAGUGUUCUUAUCAUCAAGAUGACAAAUCUGCCACGUUACAGAGACCGUGUGGAUGCUCUUUCUGUCCUGCCAGGGUGGACUACGAGCGCAUCCGAGCCGUGGGCCCUGACAGGGCAGCCUCGGAGUGGCUGCUGCGCUGCGGGGCCCUGGUGCGCUACCAGGGCUACCAGAAAUGGCAGCAGGACUACAGUGGUCUCCCCACGGGGCCCCUGGGGAAGUACAAGAUAGAGGCAAUUAAUGCCACCGACUCGUGCAUCAUGUACAGAGGAUUCGACUACCUGGAUGGUCUCGAACAUGUCACAGAAAUCAAGCUGCAGAAGUGUAUUUACAUACAGGAUGAGUGUCUGCAGAGGCUCAGCGAGACCAAGAAUCUCCAGAAGAGUCUCCUCCAGCUGCAGAUCAUUUCCUGUGGGAAUGUCACAGAUAAAGGCAUCAUAGCGCUUCACAAGCUGACGAACCUUGAAUAUCUGUAUCUGAGUGACCUUCCUGGAGUAAAACAGAAAGAAACUACUGUUCACGUCCUUCAGCAGGCACUGCCAAACCUAGAGCUGGAGCUGGAUUUAGAAUAAACACAAUUGCACAUAACUAAGGUGUAUUUGAUUUCACAGUAUUUAUCAUGUUUCAUAAAUGAAGUUGCAGAUGCUGCUGUGUUUCCAGGUAUGGAAUUAAGCCCCAAUCUCCCAAUGUAGCC